CUCUACAUAUUUUUUUUACCAUCGAGAAAGAUGCGUAAUUACGUGCGUGUUUGUUGUAAAUGUUGAAAAUGUCAAUAUUUUUUUUUUAAAUAUAAUAAUAAAGGAAAUUUUGUAUUAAAGUAGUGUUUAUGUAAUAAAAUGAAUAAAUUUGUUUUCUUAUUAUUAUUUUGUCCCUUCAUCAAAUUCACGAGUUCUUUAAGUGCUGAGGUGAAUCUUGAAAUACCAAAUGGCGGAUUUCACAGAACACUUCGAUAUCACAUAAAUAUCAAGAAUUUCGAGGCGAAUAAUUGUCAUGUCGCAUUAUAUUUCGAAUUUCCAUCGUCUUUUUACGUGAAUGUUGAUGAAAUUUCAAAACUCGUCAGGAAAGGAGAACUAACAGCGUGCUCUGUUGGUGAAUUUAAUGUGGAAUUAUUUGCUGAAAAUGCGGGUACACAAAAUGUGACUGUGUGCUCGCGUCUCAUUGGUUCACAAGUGACCUUGACAUUGCCAAUUCAUCAGCGUUACCAUGAAGCGCGUGAAGGUGGCGGUUAUGUUGAAUUAAAAAUUCCCAAACCCAAACUUCUCAUUGGCUGUGAAGAGCGUGUCAAAGAUUAUCGAGUGUCGAAAAUUGAACUUUGCUCACCCUGCUCGGAUGUCGUUGAUAAAUGGAGGGAAAUUCCGUUUAAUUUGCAUCCAAAUGAUUUUAUUUGGUACAUUCCAAUUGGAGACACAUUAAUGCUGCCAAUUGUCACUUGGGUGACAAAUAUCAUUUUCACCUGUGGUUUACUUUACGUUUUAUGGACACUAUACAAAGUAAAUAUUAAGGACGAAAGAAAAAAGACGAAGACAAGUUGAAGAAAGAAAAAAAUUCUUCUUUUUUUCUGUAAACAUAUUUAUUUUACAUUAUUUGUUUUUUUUUAAGUAGAAGAAUAAAUCUUAAGGUUUGCUAAUACUAAGAUUAUCAAGUGAAGUGCUUAUCUGUGGUCUUACGAUAGGAAAAAUAUGUACAAGAUAAAAAAAAAUGUCAAUGUAGGUAUAUCGAUAUACUUAAGAAAUAAAUAAAUAAUUUUUGAUAAAAAA